CUAAAGGUAGUUGUCUAGUUGUAGUAGGAAACAACUAGUAUAUGAAUUGAGUCACUGUUUAAAGAGAAGGUGAAAGUUUGAAUAAAGCAAGUCAAAAAGAUAAUCAUGGAGAUGGAGUACUAUUUGCCAUCAGUAAGGGCUGAAGAGGAGGACAAAAAAUAUUUGUCAUCGGUCACUUCCAAGGAACAAAUUGAUCUUAGCAAGAUAGGCAGAAACUGCUUGGCUCGUUGGGACGAUUGGGGUUUUUUCAUUGACAACUGGGUAUGUUUUGUUUGGAACUUCAAAUGUCAUACCAAAAUCAUGCUCCCUAAUUUCUCUUACUACCAUCACUGGAUGACAAAGGUUCUCAAGUGUAUUGUUUCCCCUUCAACACAAGAACAUUUUCCCUAUGACGAUCAAUACUUGUGCAACGUCUCUCUGUUCUUUUACGGAGAACCCUAUUGUCUAAUUUGUGGUCCUCCUUGCUAUAAAAAGUGGGUAAAAGUAAAACUUUAUGAUGAUAGCUGGUUGUUAGACGCAGUCACCUUCUGUAACGGUGAGAAAAUAUGCGUUAUGUUCCACAAUGGGGAGCUAGGCAUAAUACAAAUGUUCCCUGAAACAACUAAAACGACUCAUCUCUCCCCUGUCACAUUCAGGGCACCAACAGAUAUCUCUGCUUUGUAUCGAAACAGACACUUGAUAUCGUGGCAACACCAAUUGUUUCUAGUUCAACAAAGAGUCGGAUCACCUUCCAUUUUUGAGAUUUGGGAGGCCGAUUUUGAAACAGAUCAAUUCAACAGAGUAUUCAAUUUGGACGGAUUUAUCAUUUUUAUAAGUCACCUAUUCUCUACUGCAACUGCUUCAUCUCUACCUCAAGAAAAAAAUGGGGUCUAUUUCACACAGUGCGAUGAUCAACGCACUGUAUAUGCCUUCGACAUUGGCGAUCAAAGCUUCUCAACAACUAAGCAAUUUCGUGCCUAUAUUCCUCACAAUUCGGUUCGUCUAUUCGCCAGGUCAGGAAGGGCCAAAAUUCAACAUAACACUACUACUAAGCGUCCAUCCGGUACUGGUAUUCAUAGUAAGCCUGCUGCUGCAGACAGCAACAUUUGCAUCCGUGUUUCUCAAGACCUUCAAAAGAAAAUUUCUCGUUAUCUAAUUUCUCAAGAAGCAUCCUACAUGAGUUUUCGCUUGGUGUGUAAAUUAUGGAGAUCUAUUGCUCCUCCAUUACGUUGGAAAGUGGUUGUUGAUGGUGAUGAUGAUGCGACUCCUUGUUAUGAUCAAGACUCCAUGUGGCUUCUAUCUCUAAACCAAAAUGAUGGUUUGUGCACAUUCUAUAAUCCUUUUAGAAAUUUCAACUGUUAUAUGAGCAACAACGAUUUAAUAGGCUGUGAAAUUCGGUAUGCCAAAGAUGGAUGGCUUCUUGUAUCUAAGGGAAAGUCUCUCUUCCUAGUUGAGCCUGGGAAGCAAAUAAUCCAUCUCCCACAAAAAGCAGAUGAAUAUUUUUGUGACAUUAUGUCAUUCUCAGCUUCUCCAACUAAGUCUUCUGCAUGGGUAAUCUUUGGUAUAGCUUUAUUCAUGUCGCUUCACGUUAGAAUUUCAUAUUUGAGACAAGGUGAUGAUAAGUGGACUACUAUCAUAAGGAACGGUAACUUCCCACCUUCAUCUUGUAGUCCGGUCUAUUUUGGUGAAGAAUUUUGUGUCCUGAGCCAAUUAGGUGAUGUUGGUGUAUUUGGCUUCUUUAAAGACGGAACCCCUUACUGGUUUGUCCAUCAACUUUCCCACCAAUAUUCAUCUCCUACUAUUUGUGGUGCUUGCCGUUUGUUUUUAGUUCAACAUGAUCAAUAUUUGCUACAUUCUGUGGUUGUGACACCACAAUAUGAUGUUCAUGUUUAUGAACUAUACUUUCCAAGCAACGUAAUAGUCAAAUUAGUAAAACAAGUCAAAAAUUGGCUUUUAUUCACUAGCGAAGCCUCAUCUUUUGGUGUUUGUGGCAUGAACGUAAAUGUGGAUAAUGCAGUUUUCUUCCCCACUUUCAACACUAGUAACAACUAUACUUAUUAUUCUUUGGAAGAUGUCGCCUUCAAAGUAUUGAAAGACAAUUGUACGGAUAAAACGCAACAAAAAGAGCUUUUAAAUCGUGUUUGGAUCCGCUGUGAACUGAAACGAAAUUGAUCUUUCAACUCUGUCUUAUGGAGUAUUUCUAAUGUAUUUGUAGCAG